AUGUUUCAACCUGCGAAACCUACACCUGAAGAAAAGGAAGCACAACGUCAGAAUACUACUAAACACUUUACAACAUUUUUUAUUUAUGUUUCUAUUAUACGCAUUGAUAAUCUAGAUUUUUGGAAAGAAUAG